CAGACCCUUCCGACACGGAAGUGCGCUCCUUCGCCUCUUCCCGACAAUGCUCCAAAGAAGAUCAUUUUUCUUAAUAAAACGCUUUCUCUCUGCGUCUGGCAGAUAAACUGUUGGUAAUGUCUCAGCGAGAACUGAAGGAGGCGUUUGUCAGCAAUCUUAAUGGGACCAGCCUGGAGGAAGUGGCACUGGGCUCAUUCCUUGCCCCUCUGUGCCUUAUCAAUAGGGGGCUGGUUUGGAUUCUGUAUCAUCGGUGCAAAAGAACGUUGCCGUUACCAUUUCCAUGGAUAUCUCACUUCUUUUUAGACUUUUCCAUGCUUGUAAUACCUCUUGUUCUGUCAUGCACCAUUUUAAGUGACGUUCUUCACCAGGUUAUCAUGGGCUUAACACUUAUUUCAAUGUCCAUGCUUUUCUACAUCUACUGUACUUGCAAUCAUAGUGCUAAUGUGCACUCACAGAACACCAUGAAGAGUUUUCUCCAGAGUCAUGUUCAAUGCAACCAGGUUCCCUUUGUGACUGUCUUUCGUGUCCUUGUAAAUGUGAAAACGGCAAUUAGUAUAUUAGCUGUAGACUUCAUUGUAUUUCCAAGGCGGUAUGCUAAAACUGAAACCUAUGGAACAGGGGUCAUGGAUUUUGGUGUUGGAGCUUAUGUGUUUGCAAAUGCCCUUGUCUGUACAGAGGCAAGGAGAAAAAAUCUCUCUAGCUCUAAAAUGAAUAAUGUUGCUAAACAAGUGAUGUCUGUCUGGCCCUUGGCUGUCCUUGGUAUUGGAAGGCUAAUUAGUGUUAAAAUGUCUGGCUACCAUGAACAUGUAACAGAGUAUGGCGUUCACUGGAAUUUCUUUUUCACACUAGCCAUAGUCAGAGUUGUAGCAUCUUUGCUGCUGACUCUCUUCCCAGUCAAUCAAUCAGGGCUCUAUGGUCUUCUGAUCGGUGGUCUUUACCAGUUUACUCUUGAAACGUCUGACCUGAAGUCUUUCAUCAUUCACGACAAUGACCGGAUGAAGGACUUUCUACAUGCUAAUAGAGAAGGUAUCUUCUCUGUUGCUGGCUACAUUGCCAUAUACAUGGCAGGAGUUCAAAUUGGACUCUAUAUUAUGCAACCAAGAACGCAAGUGAGAGAAUGGCUCAAUGCAGUUGUUAAACUUCUUGCGGGAAGUUGCAUACUUUACACUGCUUUAUACGUGUGUCAGAUCACGGUGGAGCCAGUGUCUCGGCGAUUGGCAAAUUUACCUUUCUGCAUCUGGACUGUUGCCCAAUCCUUGUUUUUUAUGUCCUGCCUGGGCAUAGCUGAUAUGAUUUUACUUUACUUCAAACGGAAAUCAGGUUGUCACUCGGUGCCAUCCUCGUGGAGUUUGUAUAAAAAAGAAAAAGAUUCUGAUGAAAAGAUAAGUGUGGAAGGACAUUGUCUUUUUCAAGCUGUCAACAGGAAUCAGUUACUGUUUUUCAUGCUUGCAAAUUUAAUGACAGGUUUGACCAAUGUGUUGGUGGAUACGUUUAGUACCAGUGAUUACUUUUCAGUGUGUGUUCUGCUGUCAUACAUGUUUAUGAAUUGCUGUGUAAUACAGGUUUUACAUGUCUUUGGAAUCACAGCAAAAUUCUGGUAACUUUCCUUUUGACCAAUCAUAAUGGCAUGGUAUUUUCAACUUUUUGUAAGGACCGAGUUGCAGGAAGACGUUUGAUGGUGUUAGAACAUUUUAGCUUUGACACCAACAUUACAGUGUACAUGCUAUGUGAUAAUGUGUUUUGUGUGGUCAGUGCAUGCAGGUCACAAUAAAAAGAUGCCCAUCAACUCUGUAAGGACUUUUCGAAUAUGUUUAAGGAUGGGCCACAACUAUUGAUUGUUCUUGAAUAAUUCAUAUUCACCAUUGCUUUUUGAAAGCAAAGUUAAUAAUGAGUUCAGCAGCUGCACUUGCACGACCAUAUACUACUGUACUGUUUAAAUAAACCAAAGUCCAAACUGUGGCAUUUUAAAAACAGGGUCAGUAAUAGUUGCUGAGCU